AUGCUAGGAAACUGUGAGAAGAUGAAGGUCAUCUCUUCAAAUACUAAAGAAUGGCCACAGGUGCAGAAUCAGAUAGAUGAGCAGAAAAAAUUGAUGGCUUCAACAGGUAGGGUAAUGGAGAAACCAAAUCAAGAUCAGCAGCAGCAGCAGCAGCAGCAGCAGCAGCCACUAAACUGUCCUCGUUGUGAUUCGACGAAUACUAAAUUUUGUUACUACAAUAACUACAGUUUGUCUCAGCCAAGACACUUCUGUAAAGCUUGCAAGCGUUAUUGGACUCGUGGUGGAACCCUAAGGAAUGUUCCCGUUGGGGGUGGUUGUCGGAAGAACAAGAGGGUAAAGCGGCCAGCCUCCGCCGGUGAUGUAACUUCCUCUUCAGCUCUAACUGUUACUACAAACCCUAGUGCUCAAGUUCAAACCCAGAUAGAUCUUCCUUCAAACUCAAAUAAUCACAUGAAUCCUUUGUUUUAUAGUCUGCCAUCUAAUCAUAUCGAGCCUAAUCUUCCUUAUUCCAGCACUUACGCAAACACAGUGUCUGGAUUUAAUCUUCAACCUCAGAUUAAUGCUCUUGGAUUAGGGUUUCAAUCUGGACUUUUUGUUAAUAAUAUUCAUAGCAAUGACUACAAGAAUGGGUUCAAUUUCUCCAAGCAAAUCCAAGAUGUUAUUACACCAUCAAGUUCAAAUCUUCCUAGCAACCCUAUCUUUGGUUCUCCAACAUUUGCUUCUACCUUUCAGCAGCCAAAAUUCAUCAAUUCGAGUGGUUUGAAGAAUCAUUCGCAAGGCUUUGCAGACAAUCUUCAAGGGUUGAUAUCCUAUGAAGAUCUGAAAAUGCCUAGAAAUGGUGGAAACAGCAUAAUGGUCAAGGAAUUGAAAACGGAAGGUACUCAAAACAGGUUAGAUAAUUGGAAUAUUUCUAGUCAGAAUCAGGUAGAACAGAUGAAUUCCUCCGAUCCUUCUCUUCUAUGGAACACAACUGGUGUUGGUGCUUGGCUUGACCCUUCAUACAUGGGUUCUUCCGUUUCUUCCCUUAUGUAG